GUCACGGCUCGUUCAUGGUGGGUCUAUCUAUAUAUAUAUGGCCAUAGCCAGAUCCCGUAUUCAACAAGUUUUGGUACUGCGGUGGGGGGCGUCCAAGCUAGCUUGGCUUCCAGGUGAUGAAAUCCAUCUCCCUGGAAUUGGCAAACUCUGGAAAUCCUGGAAUCAGCCAAACGGAGGAAUUGAAGAGGAGGCGAAGGAAAAUCAAGAGCCAAACAAGCAUGGAUGAGGAAAGGAAAACAGCAGGAGGAGGAGGAGGAGGAGGAGGAGGAGGAGGGAAGGCGAAGUUCUCCUCUAGCAGAUUCAAAAGGGUUUGCGUUUUCUGCGGAAGCAGCACUGGCAAACGAAAUUGCUAUCGUGAUGCUGCUCUCGAACUGGCCCAAGAGCUGGUGGCAAGGAAAUUGGAUCUGGUAUACGGAGGCGGAAGCGUGGGACUGAUGGGAUUGGUUUCUCAGGAGGUUCAUCGCGGGGGAGGCCACGUUCUCGGAAUCAUCCCUACGACUCUGAUGCGCAAAGAGAUAACAGGAGAAACAGUGGGGGAGGUUAGAGCCGUAGCCAGCAUGCACCAGCGCAAAGCCGAGAUGGCCCGCCAUUCUGACUGUUUUAUUGCAUUGCCUGGAGGGUAUGGAACUCUGGAAGAGUUAUUAGAAGUAAUCGCGUGGGCUCAGCUCGGAAUCCACGACAAGCCUGUGGGGUUGCUGAACGUGGACGGCUUCUAUAACUCGCUGCUGAGCUUCAUAGACAAGGCGGUGGACGACGGCUUCAUCCUCCCCUCGCAGCGCCACAUCAUCGUCUCCGCACCCACCGCCACCGACCUCGUUCAGAAACUCGAGGAAUACGUUCCGGUUCACGACGAGGUGGUGGCGAAGGCAGGGUGGGAGGUGGAACAGCUGGAGCUCAAUGCUUCUACUAAUUGGCUCUCUCAAACUGCUCGUUAGCAGCCAAAUACGCUCCAUCGUUUAAUAAUUAAUUUCUCAGAAUAUGUAAUUACUUAAUUAAUUAUCUAUUUUCAAAAAACGAUAGAAAGAAAGAAAAUAUGUAAUUUAUUAGGGAGCUAGAUUAAUUUAUUUCCUCAAUUUUGUAAUAUUGUAAAAAGGAAAGGAAAUUUAGUAGAGAUUUGGAGUGAAAUUAA